AUGCAGUCUUAUUCUACAGGAACGCAUCCACGCCGGGUCAAAAAGUUUCGAUCUACGUUCACCCCAUCAGCCGAGGUUUCCAAUUCUGCGGUGAAACUGUCGGUAAAAAUCUGGAUAUCAGAGGAUCAGCAGCCUGAUAACAUUCGCACAUCAAACUUCGAUGAUCCUGCCCUUGCAGCUGAGCAUAUCACCCGGUUCGCGCUUCUGGCGCACCCCUAUGGACGACUGGGGGGAAGCUCUCGUGAUCCUGUCAUCAGGCGACUUGCUUUUCAUCUGGCGAGCCUGAACUGGAUGGUGGUACUGUUCGACGCCAGAGGAAUAGGAAGUAGCACGGGUCGAGCGAGUUGGACGUGGGUGUUGGGCUACUCCCAUGGCGCACUAGUCGCUUCGGCUUCAACUCCGAUCCUCCUUCCAGCUGAUGCCCCAAGAUUGAAGACACCCUUGCUCUUGAUCUCUUACCCUGUCUCUUAUAUAUGGGCUCUUACAUCCUUCAACGCUUCACACUUUGAAAAGGCCCUUCAAGCUCAGCUUACGGGAUCUGAUGAGGAACUCCUUAUCAUCUACGGCGACUCGGAUCAGUUCACAUCCCAAAAGGCGUAUCGGAAGUGGCUAGAUCGUCUGAAGAGCGAUAUCUCCCCCGCAAUCCUCCAAAAAAAUCACUUAAGUACAUUUGAAGCCAAGACAGAUCAUUUUUGGAAUGGUAGUUAUUCAACACUAUGUCAGGUUGUUCGUGAAUGGCUCACUCGAACGACAGUUGAAUGA